CUCUGGCUCGGCGGCGCUGCGGCCUGCAGCGGGGACGCGGACGUGUGCCUUAAAUCCUAGUUUUGGUGUGAGACGGCCUGAAAGGAGUUGUGGUUUUUGCAAGAGCAAUGGUGCCCCAUCGGGUGCCCAGGUGGCCCGCGUGGCUCUUCUGUGCCUCCCCGGGAUGGUGGCGGACAGCCUGCACUCUUGGAGCCUCAGUGGAGCAGAGGAGGUGGCCGGGCAGCCCUCGGGGAGCCAGGGUGACCAGCCCAUUGGCCUGCAGGGGCUGCUCCUCGACACCCUCCCGUGCCCCCGAGGUGACGCUGACCCAGGAGCGCUACCGUGUGCAGCGGCUGCCGUUCUCCACAGUGUCUAAGGAGGACCUGGCUGCCUUUGAAUGCAUCGUCCCUGGCAGGGUUGUUACAGACCCAGAAGAAUUGGAGGCUUCCAACGUGGACUGGCUGAGGACGUUCCGAGGCUGUAGCAAGGUGCUGUUGAGGCCCAGGACGACGGAGGAGGUGUCCCGCAUUCUCAGGCACUGCCACGAGAGGAACCUGGCGGUGAACCCCCAGGGAGGGAACACGGGCAUGGUGGGGGGCAGCGUCCCUGUCUUUGACGAAAUCAUCCUCUCCACUGCCCUCAUGAACCAGGUCAUCAGCUUCCAGAGUGUGUCCGGGAUUCUGGUUUGCCAGGCGGGGUGUAUCUUGGAGGAGCUGAACCGGUACCUGGAGGAGCAGGACUUCAUCAUGCCGCUGGACUUGGGUGCGAAGGGCAGCUGCCACAUUGGGGGAAACGUGGCGACCAAUGCAGGUGGACUGCGGUUUCUUCGCUACGGCUCACUGCGUGGGACUGUCCUGGGCCUGGAAGUGGUGCUCGCCGACGGCACCAUCCUGAACUGCCUGACCUCCCUGCGGAAGGACAACACGGGCUAUGACCUGAAGCAGCUCUUCAUCGGGUCGGAGGGCACCCUGGGGAUCAUCACAGCGGUGUCCAUCCUGUGUCCGCCCAAGCCUGAGGCUGUGAACGUGGCCCUCUUCGGCUGUCCAGGCUUUGCUGAGGUUCUGAAGACCUUCAGCACCUGCAAGGGCAUGCUGGGUGAGAUCCUGUCUGCAUUCGAGUUCAUGGAUGCUGAGUGCAUGCAGCUGGUCCGGCACCACCUCCACCUGGCCAGCCCGGUGCAAGAGAGUCCGUUUUAUGUCCUUGUCGAGACCUCGGGCUCCAGCGCAGGACAUGACGCUGACAAGCUGAGUGCCUUCUUGGAGCGGGCGCUGGGCUCUGGCCUGGUGACUGAGGGCAGCGUGGCCGCCGACCAGAGGAAAGCCAAGAUGCUGUGGGCCCUGCGGGAGAGGAUCACAGAGGCGCUGAGCCGGGACGGCUACGUGUACAAGUACGACAUCUCCCUCCCUGUGGAGCGGCUCUAUGACAUCGUGACGGACCUGCGUGCCCGCCUUGGCCCGAGUGCCAAGCAUGUGGUGGGCUAUGGCCACCUGGGGGACGGCAACCUGCACCUUAACGUGACAGCAGAGGCCUUCAACGCGUCACUGCUGGCAGCCCUGGAACCCUAUGUGUAUGAGUGGACUGCUGGGCAGCAGGGCAGCGUCAGUGCCGAGCAUGGCCUGGGCUUCAAGAAGAAGGACGUCCUCGGCUAUAGCAAGCCACCCGCUGCCGUGCAGGUCAUGCAGCAGCUCAAGGCCCUGCUGGACCCCAAGGGCAUUCUGAACCCCUACAAGACCCUGCCCACCCAGGCCUGAGAAGCACCUGCCUUCUGCUGCUGAGCCACCAGCGAGGCUACCUGUCACCCGGUGGGAGGGGCCAGGAGCCAGCUCUGCGGAGCCUCAAGGCCACGGGGCUUUCGGGCAGGGUCCUCGCAGCUGCUCUGCAGGUUCUGCUGGGCAAGCACAGCACAGGGCUGCCUGGUGCCGCCUGCACCACCGUUGCAGGUCGGGGAGCAGGUCCUCCUGUCAUCUUGUCCUGGACAUGUGGGGGCGGUGAGCAGCUCUGCCCUCAUGGGCCAGGCCUCCCUUGCUUUUGAUGGCCCCUGGGUCCCACCUUGUUUGCUGUGGACCUUGGAGGAGUGCCUGGUGCCUGGCCUUUAGGUCCCUGUGCAGUGCGUGCCCCUGUGGGGUUGCGAGCAGAGCUGACAAGCUCCAUGUGGCCACAGCCCCACAGCCCUGUGUUGCAAGACAGCCCCCAGCACAAGGCUCUGUCCGUCCUGUCAGGCUCUGGAUGUCAGGGUUGGCGACUGUGCAUUGUAUUUGGGCCAGAGUGACAGGGAUGUACCAUUUCCUUCAUUUUCUAGAAGGCCAUGAGCUGUUGAGACAGCUCUCUAGGCCACGUGUGGCUUGCUGUGAUGGCCCAUGGAGGUCGGUCUCUGGUUGCUUCUGUCUCGGGCGGCAGCAGUGCAGUGGGCAAGGGCCUGGACAGAUGCACGUGCCCUCGGGAGUUAGCAUAGAGCCCCUCUCGGCUUCCUGUGGCUCCAGUGACCCUCACCUUCCUCGUCCCUAUCGACCCACAUACCUUAGGUGGCUGCUGAGACAGUUUGGGAGGAUGGACACGCAUUUCCUCUUUCUGGCUAUCCUGAAUUUCCAGUAAAAAUGAGAA